AUGAAGAACGUCCCGGCGACCCCGAAGCUUUGCGACAACAGCCGCGUGUACUUCACGACUGAGGGGGCGCAGUACAUGGCGCUGGACGUCGGUGGCGGCGGUCUGUGUGCUCUUCUCGGCGUCAUCGCUGUGGCGAUGGACGACGUAGGAACCCCUUGUGAGGAGAUUUUCGAAGCCAUCAGCGGCGAGCUCACAGACGUCAUGACGGAGUACGUCCAGUCCCUCCGCGCGAACAUCGUCAGCACGUGCGGCGACCAGUUCGCCUUCAAGGACGGUGAAGAGCUGGCUAGCUUCGACGACAUCGUCCACGACCCGAUGUGGGUGAUUGCGACGAGGGCGAUGUGGGAGCUGGUGACACUUCAUCCAACUGGAUAUCUCGACGGAAGGGCGGUGUGGCUGUUGGCGAAGUUCCUCGGGUUGCACGGAUUUAGGAUAGUCAAGCACGAAGACGGCCACUUGGUCUCAUGUGAUGCCGGGGGCCCCAUCUCCUCCGAAGAGUGCCCCAUGAUGCUGCACGACGGCUACGGGCACUUCAAGGCCCUGAUUCCACUUCGAAGAAUGCCAGGAGUUCCAGAUAAAUCAAGAGUACCAUUUGCUUCUCGAAGAGAGUUUCGUGGACGGCACCGAUGA